UUGUAUUCUCCUUCUGGUCUCGCGUCUGUCACCUCUGAACUAGCGCCUCUCACUCCGAAGAAACCUAGGCCUCAGACGAUGCAACCUCAGCAGCACCUUCUCAAUUCGAAUGAGCAGUCGUCACGCAAGAAACCGUCGUCACGUCCUUCCACCGCUUCUUCUAGCUUCGCCCCACAUGGCGCUGACCCAAUCAGCCGCGCAGUCGCCUCCUGUGGCAUCAACCACACGCUCUCCUGCUGCACUCUCCUCGUUGCAUACGAUGUCAAGCAGCUUAGCCCCACACUCGUUCUCACAGCCGGCGUCGGCAUCUUCGUUGCAUUCUCUUUACAUGUCGUCCCACAGCGUUUCGCCUCCCGCAUUUAUGGGGGAGCGUACGCGCCAGUCAUCGACAACCUCUGCACGACAUCAGACCUUUUCACCCAUGCCAUUGACAUUUUCCUCAUCACAAUCAUCGCAUACCAUCUCUCACCUGACCUCGCAUUCUCACCUGCCCUCGCAUCUUCACCCCUCCUCACAUUCUCAUUCAACCAACGCCUCAGCCUUAUUGAUGUAUCCACGGAGCGUGACCUUGUGAGCCAAAAGGAACGUGACCACGGGUAUGAAGAUGUGGUGGAGAAUCCUUAUCAACGCCCAACAUUUUCCUUUCCGCGACGUCACUGGAAGGCAAUUUUUUCCUCCUUGCGCCCGUCAAUACCAUCACCAAAUGUAGCAGACGAGGAAGCUGAGCGUGUGCGUAAUGUCCGCCACUGUGUGACUCGUCUAGGCAACUCUACGAUCGAUCGUCGCAACACUUUCAUUCAACACGGACGUACAGAUACUCUGUCUCCCCCUACCGGUCCUUCCCAGUCCAACCAGCCUGGCUCGCCAGCGCAUCCCAAAGCUGAGUUCCUCUAA